ACCUACUUCUUCAAGCGUGCUACUAUGACAUCCCUCACCUUGUAACCUCUACGACCCGGCGUCUCGUGGUUGUGCUGACACUCGGCGAGGACUUUGGUUUCACCAUGGCUUAUUUCACAGCUCGUUACAAGUCCUUUAAUGACACUGACAUUCUGCGAGACUGUGGAGGAGAUAUUUCUGGAGACGGGGGUGACGUGUCGUCUCCAAACUACCCGACAAACUACGACAACCUGCGAGUGUGCGAGUGGAGGAUCACAGUGGAAAACACAUUCAGUGUUAGGGUGGAAGUACAUGACCUCCACAUUGUAUCUUCCUACUAUUGCCAGGGAGAUGCUUUACUGUUUACUGGUGUAUCCCCGACUCGCACAAUGGGGUCAAACUACCGGCUGUGUGGACAGUAUACCAGUUACAAUGGACCCCCGAUAAAUUCUGCAAACAACACUCUGACGAUGAGGUUUGUCUCUGACUGGCAAAACACUGGACGGGGUUUCAAUGCAUCGUGGAGAAAAGUAUGUGAUCAGACCAUGGAUGUUUCAAGUGGCUGGAUUGAGUCCCCAAGGUAUCCAGACAACUACUACAACAAUAUGAACUGUUCAUAUUUCAUACAGAUACCUAAUGACGACCCGGGCUACUUCAUCACCUUCACUUUUCACAACUUCCAUCUACAGGGGCCUGAUGCCAGUGGAUCCUGUGUUUACGAUUAUUUGGAGGUCCUACAAAUACCAUACUACAAUCCUGGAGGACACAUAGUACCUCCGAAUGCCCAGCGGUUCUGUGGAACAAGCCCAACACAAACUCUCACCACCUACUUUCCAACCCUCCUACAGUUUGUCACUGACGGCUCUAUAACUAUGAGCGGCUUCAGCAUUUCCUUCGAGCAGAAAAUAUCUGAGUGCGGACAAAGUGUGCUUGUCGGAGAAAGAGGUUUCGUCGCCAGUCCUAAUCAUCCUGGGACAUUCCCUCCCUACAUCAACUGUACGACGACCAUACAAGUCGAGGCUGGACACAACAUCACUCUCACCUUCCAGUCGUUUUUCUUGGGAAACUUCCUGUCCAGCGGAAAUAGUUGCUGGGGGUGGUCUGGAGGGGUUUUGCAAAUCUUCAACGGACCAUCGUCAGGAUCACCUUUGAUUGGGACGUACUGUGGCUAUUCGUCUCCACCACCUAUCACAUCAUCCGGCAGUGCACUAACUCUUAUCUUCUCAUCCAACCACAACAAUUAUGCUACUGGGUUCAACGCUACCUACAUGUCAUCUUCACUAUUACACAACUGUGGAGAUACUGACAUCCGUCUGCAAGAAAACAGCCAACACUACUUGUACUAUGACUAUUACUCACAAAGGGAUAGAAGGUGUGAAUGGACAAUCACAGCAGAGAAAGGACUGGCCAUCAUGAUGGUGGGUUACAUCAGUUGCGACGACGACUGCGUCAAUCGAUUCCUCAAGAUUUACAACGGAACAAGCAAAAAUGAAAGUUCCUUGAUCACACCACGUUAUCGCUACAACGGAGAGAUUUCUGUCGAUGAAGCAACCAACGCCAUCGUCGUCGAAUACCUCACUGACAACAGCAGCUACUAUUUUUAUAUGUCAGUAACUUUCAUGGCCUACAACUCCACAGGUCAGAACUUCACUUGCGGCUCAACAAAUGUCAGCGCUGGGGAAGGGAACAUCACCUUUACCUCGUAUACAUCAUUAAAUAUCUACGGAUACCACAGAAAUGGAAUCUGCACCUGGACUAUCGAAGCAAACGAAGACCAAGUCAUUCAGCUUGUCUUUAGAGACUUUCACAUCGAAAGCGACUUACAUAUCUGUAAUGAGUCAUCACAAAGUUACCUGGAGAUUUUUGACGAAUCACAAACAUCAGACAACCUACUUCUUCAAGCUUGCUACUAUGACAUCCCUCACCUUGUAACCUCUACGACCCGGCGUCUCGUGGUUGUGCUGACACUCGGCGAGGACUUUGGUUUCACCAGGGCUUCUUUCACAGCUCGUUACAAGUCCUUUAAUGACACUGACAUUCUGCGAGACUGUGGAGGAAAUAUGUCUGGUGACGAGGGUGUCGUGUCGUCUCCAAACUUCCCGAAAAACUACGACAACCUGCGAGUGUGCGAGUGGAGGAUCACAGUGGAAAACACAUUCAGUGUUAGGGUAGAAGUACAUGACCUCCACAUUGUAUCGUACUCCUAUUGCGUGGAAGAUGCUUUACUGUUCAAUGGUGUAUUCCCGACUCUCACAAUGGGGUCAAACUACCGGCUGUGUGGACACAAUAGCAAUUACAAUGGACCCCCGAUAAAUUCUGCAAACAACACUCUGACGAUGAGGUUUGUCUCUGACUGGCAAAACACUGGACGGGGGUUCAAUGCAUCGUGGAGAAAAGUAUGUGAUCAGACUCUGGAUGUUUCAAGUGGCUGGAUGGAGUCCCCAAGGUAUCCAGACAGCUACUACAACAAUAUGAACUGUUCAUAUUUCAUACAGAUACCUAAUAACGACCCUGGCUACUUCAUCGCCUUCACUUUUCACAACUUCCAUCUACAGGGGCCUGAUGCCAGUGGAUCCUGUGUUAACGAUUAUUUGGAGGUCCUACAAAUACCAUACUACAGUCCUGGAGGACACAUAGUACCUCCCAAUGCUCAGCGGUUCUGUGGAACAAACCCAACACAAACUCUCACCACCUACUUUCCAACCCUCCUACAGUUUGUCACUGACGAGUCUAUAACUAUGAGCGGCUUCAGCAUUUCCUUCGAGCAGAAAAUGUCUGAGUGCGGACAAAGUGUGCUUGUAGGAGAAAGAGGUUUCGUCGUCAGCCCUAAUCAUCCUGGGACAUUCCCUCCUUACAUCAACUGUACGACGACCAUACAAGUCGAGGCUGGACAAAACAUCACUCUCACCUUCCAGUCGUUUUUCUUGGGAAACUUCCUGUCCAGCGGAAAUAAUUGCUGGGGGUGGUCUGGAGGGGUUUUGCAAAUCUUCAACGGACCAUCGUCAGGAUCACCUUUGAUUGGGACGUACUGUGGCUAUUCGUCUCCACCACCUAUCACAUCAUCCGGCAGUGCACUAACUCUUAUCUUCUCAUCCAACCACAACAAUUAUGCUACUGGGUUCAACGCUACCUACAUGUCAUCUUCACUAUUACACAACUGUGGAGAUACAGACAUCCGUCUGCAAGAAAACAGCCAACACUACUUGUACUAUAACCACUACACACAAAGGGAUAGAAGGUGUGAAUGGACAAUCACAGCAGAGAAAGGACUGGCCAUCAUGAUGUUAGGCUACACCAGUUGCUACGACGACGACGACUGCUUGAAUCGAUUCCUCAAGAUUUACAACGGAACGAGCAAAAAUGAAAGUUCCUUGAUCACACCACGUUAUCGCUACGGGGACAUUUCUGUCGAUGAAGCAACCAACACCAUCGUCGUCGAAUACCUCGCUGACAACAGCAGCAACUACUUUUAUAUGUCAGUAACUUUCAUGGCCUACAACUCCACAGUCACGUGCGGCUCAACAAAUGUCAGCGCUGGGGAAGGGAACAUCACCUUUACCUCGUAUGCAUCACCAAGUAUCAACGGAUACCACAGAAAUGGAAUCUGCACCUGGACUAUCGAAGCAAACGAAGACGAAGUCAUUCAGCUUGUCUUUAGAGACUUUCACAUCGAAAGCGACUUACAUAUCUGUAAUGAAUCAUCACAAAGUUACCUGGAGAUUUUCGACGAAUCACAAACAUCAGACAACCUACUUCUUCAAGCUGGCUACUAUGACAUCCCUCACCUUGUAACUUCUACGACCCGGCGUCUCGUGGUUGUGCUGACACUCGGCGAGGACUUUGGUUUCACCAGGGCUUCUUUUACAGCUCGUUACAAGUCUUUUAAUGACACUGACAUUCUGCGAGACUGUGGAGGAAACCUGUCUGGUGACGAGGGUGUAGUGUCGUCUCCAAACUACCCGACAAACUACGACAACCUGCGAGUGUGCGAGUGGAGAAUCACAGUGGAAAACACAUUCAGUGUUAGAGUGGAAGUACAUGACCUCGACAUUGUAUCUUCCUACCGCUGCACGGAAGAUUCUUUACUGUUCACAGGUGUAACUCUGAGUGGUUAUACCGGGCCAAACUAUCUACUAUGCGGACACUAUGACAACUACUAUUUACCUCCAAUAAAUUCUGUCAACAACACUUUGACGAUGAGGUUUGUCUCCGACUGGGAAGACACCGGACGGGGUUUCAAUGCAUCAUGGAGAAAAGUAUGCGAUAAGACACUGGAUGCUUCAAGUGGCUGGAUUGAGUCGCCAAGGUACCCUGCCAACUACUACAACAAUAUGAACUGUUCGUAUCUCAUACAGAUAUCUAAUAAUAUCCCUGGCUACUUCAUCACCUUCACUUUCCACAACUUCAAUCUACAGGGCCCUGAUACCAGUGGAUCUUGUGUUUACGAUUAUUUAGAGGUCCUACAAGUACCAUACUACAAUCCUGGAGGACACAUAGUACCUCCCAAUGCUCAGCGGUUCUGUGGAACAAGCCCAACACAAACUCUCACCACCUACUUUCCAACCCUCCUACAGUUUGUCACUGACGAGUCUAUAACUAUGGGUGGCUUCAGCAUUUCCUUCGAGCAAAACAUGGCCGAUUGCGGAGAAACUCUGAUUGUCGGAGAAAGAGGUUUCAUCGCCAGCCCUAAUCAUCCUGGGACAUUCCCUCGUUACAUCAACUGUACGACGACCAUACAAGUCGAGGCUGGAUACAACAUCACUCUCACCUUCCAGUCGUUUUUCUUGGGAGACUACCUGUCGAGCGAUAAUGGAAGUAAUUGUCGGAGUUGGUCUGAGGGUGUCUUGCAGAUCUACGAUGGAAUUUCGUCAAGUUCACCUUUGAUUGGGAAGUACUGUGGCUAUGUAUCUCCAUUACCUAUCACAUCAUCUGGCAGUGCGCUGACUCUAAUCUUCACAUCCCACUAUAAUUAUUAUGCUACAGGGUUCAAUGCAACAUACGUAUCAUCUUCAGUAUCAAACGCCUUUAGGGACUGUGGAGGACAACUUAAUGGGACCAGCAAUGAAGUAACCUCCCCUAGAUACCCGGACCUGUAUCCAGAUAACGCAGUGUGCGAGUGGAUCAUCAACGGUAACAAAGGAGAUAUCAUCAGACUGUCUUUCGUUGACUUUCGUCUUCAGGCCUCCAUGUCUUGUCAGAAAGACUCGCUCGAGGUGCGGGAUGGAAACAAUGCAAAUGCUCCUGUCUUGUACAGAGUGUGUGGUGACACAAUUCCUCAGGAAGUCACGUCGACUGGAAACACCAUGUUCGUCAGAUUUGUCACAGAUGGAGAAAUCACAGAUAGAGGGUUUAAAGCAUUUUGGAAGUCAGAUGUUCCAGACUGCUCAAGGAAGGACUGUCCUACACAAAAUGGCGGAUGUAAUAAAGAUGAAUGUUACUGUGACGAAGGAUACGAGUUAAGUGCGACAAGUCCACACACAUGUGACACUUCUGAACUAGCUAAAGUGACCACAGAAAUAACAGUUAAUAUCUCGGUGCCUCCUUCGGACCUGUUCAACAGCUCGGCUUACGACCGAUGGAGACGGCGGGCUGAGGACGUUCUCUACAAUCAACUCAAGAAAACUGUCCCUGGAUUGUGGCUAGUGAAUGUUACUGCACUGAGACUCGGCAGUCUAAUAAUAGACACUGACAUAGUUGUUGAUAACAAAAGUAACCCGUAUGCAGUGUCCUUCCUAGUCUACGCCUUAGCCGCUCUCAGUGCCAACUCUCUCACCAUUGGGGAACUUUCUGGCACAGUCAUCGUCAGGGUACUGGGAAAGAACUUGGACGCCGACUCAGUCUGUGAGAUUUACACGAGUAUUUCCAAGUGUCCAGAGAAACAGCUUUGUCAUGCUGACAAUGGCCAGCCCAUGUGCCGUGUUCCAUCUGAAGACCAUGCUGCUGACCAGAGUCUGGUGGUUGGCCUCCUUGCUUCCUUGUCCGCGGUCCUCGGCGUCAUUGUGGUGGCCAUGGGGAUUGUGAUCAUGAAAAAGAACAAGAGGAAGCGAACUGUUUCAAAUCAAAACCCAGUUGCGAACGAUGGCCAAUAUCCACGAAACGCGUUUGGAGAGCCAGUCUUGUUUGCUCGUGCAACUGCUUUCAACAGCUUAAGAAAUCCAUUCAGUGGGAACAAGUAUUGACUGAUUCCUCUAUGCUCUUCUGGGACUGUAGAGUGGAGAAAAAAAAAACUUUUAAAAUGUUGUGGAACAUUUCUUGAAAGAGUCACUGUAGAGUGAAAGAGUGGAAACUGUCUUAUGAGUUCGACAAUAACAAUCUGUCGUUUUAUUUUUAAAAAUAACGCUUACCUGUUAAUUACAUCUGGUUUACUUUGUUAUUUCUGAUAUAGGCAUACUCUUUUACCGGUAGCAGUUUUUUUUUUUUGAUAAUAGAGUGAGAUAUUAAUGGCUGAAACUCGUUUUAAAGAAAAUGACAGAUGAAUUGACAGUAAAAGCUACAGUAUGGUUCGUCACAGAGAGUUCGUUUCCACGUCUACUUUCUGACAUUUAAAAGCUUUCCUUUUUAUCCACUAUUUUAUGAUAAGUUUCUUCUUUACAGAUCUUAGUUUAUUAAGUUAAUGAUGUAUCUAUCAAUAUUAAAUUUCAUAUCUAUG